AUGCCGGGGGUCAGCGCAAAGGCGCCCGCAGGAAGCCCGCCCCCCUCUGCCACGCCCCCUCCCUUCAACCAAUCCUCGACCGCUUUCCCAUUGAUUGGCAGAUUGCUGACCAAUGACAAGGCGGGUGUGGGCGGGGGGCGGGCUCUGCGCGGCGCGCGGUUCCGCGGGCGCGGCCUCCCGGGAGCGGCGGGGCCGCGGGAGGAAGAGGAGGAGGAGGAGGAAGAGGAGGAAGAGGAAGAGGAGGAGGAGGAGGAGAAGGAGGAAGAGGAGGAAGAGGAGGAGGAAGAGGAGGAAGAGGAGGAGGAAGAGGAGGAAGAGGAGGAGGAGGAGGAGGAGGAGGAGGAGGAGUGGGAGGAGGAGGAAGAGGAGGAGGAGGAGGAGGAGGAGGAGGAGGAGGAGGAGGAAGAGGAAGAGGAAGAGGAGGAGGAAGGAGGGAACAGGGCCGAGGAAGAAAAGGAGGAGGAGGAAGAGGAGGAGGAAAAGUGGGAGAGGAAGGAUGAGGAGGAAGAGGAAGAAAAGCGGGAGGAGGAAGAGGAGGAGGAGGAAAAGGAGGAGGAAAAGUGGGAGAAGAAGGAGGAUGAGGAGGAAGAUGAGGAAGAGCAGGAGAAGGAGGAUGAGGAGGAUGAGGAGGAAAAGAGAGAGGAUGAGGAGGAAGAGGAAGAAAAGCAGGAGGAGGAAGAAAAGGAGGAUGAGGAUGAGGAGGAGAAAGAAAAGCGGGAGAAGGAGGAGGAUGAGGAGGAGGAGGAAGAUGAGGAGGAAAAGCAGGAAAAGGAGGAGGAGGAGGAAAAGCGGGAGGAGGAAGAGGAGGAGAAUGAGGAGGAAGAGGAGGAAAAGGAGAAGGAAAAGUGGGAGAAGGAGGAGGAUGAGGAGGAAGAUGAGGAAGAGCAGGAGAAGGAGGUGGAGGAGAAGGAGGAGGAGGAAAAGCGGGAGGAGGAAGAGGAGGAGGAGGAUGAGGAGGAAAAGGAGGAGUAAAA